UUAUCGGUAAUCCCGCCUUCAUUGCCAAAAUUCAAAUUCGAGUUUCUCUCUUUCUCACAAUGAGCGAUCCCAUUCUGCUCUCCGACAGCGAGGAUGAGGAUACUCCACCACCGUUGAAGAGGGCUCGAAAGAAUCCUACACCUUCGAUUUUGAACUUGGAUGACGAUCCGUCACCGCCGAAGCAACCGCCGGGAUCUGCUUCUACUCCAUUGUUCGUCGUCGACGAGAAUCCUCUCUCUGAUGAUGUCGCUGUCGUCAAGUCUUCUUCCUUUGGUUCCGGUAUCGGAGUUUCUUCACACCGUGAGCACAAAUUUUCCGGAAGACGAGUUAUAUCUCUUGAGUCGGAUUCUGAAGACAGUCCUGGACCUGGGACUUCAAAAAAGUAUGAACCCGUGGAUGCUGAUUCUUGGAAACAACAACGUUGUGAAUUGGAAUUUGGAUCCACUCAUGCUGCUGCUUCUGAUGAUGAUACUAGUUGGAUGCAGCGAGCUAGUUUUCGAUCUUCACCGUCUAAGGAUGCUAUUGAGGUAGAUUCUGACCAUGAAAAUGGAUAUACAAGCGUUGAGAAAAUGGGUCGACAGAAGCAGACAAGAAGUUCUAAAACUACAUCUCUUUCUGCUGAUGCAUUCGAAAAAAAGAUGUUAAAAGAUGAAAAGAUCCGCGCUACUGAAGAAAAGAAGCUAAGAAAAGAACGAGAGAAACAACUGAAAGCUGCUUCGAAAGCAGAAGAUGCUGAGCAUAAACAGUCGGAGAGGGAAAAGCAGAAAUGGGCAAAGUCUAAGGAUAAAACACUUAAAUCUAUCGUCGCCUUGAUUGACAAUAAAGUGGCUGAAGAAUCCUUUGGAGGACCUCUCAUUUCGAGGUUGAAAGUGAAAGGCAUUACUUACCAUAUAAACCCUAAUCCAAUUGAGAGAUCCAUUGUGUGGACAAUGACACUUCCUGAGGAUGUUGAGCAGACUUUGCCCCAAGGGCCCAAGAUUCCAUAUGUUUUACUUUUGUAUGAGGCUGAAGACUUUUGUAAUCUUGUUGCUAAUAAAGAACUUCUAGAAAGUGUCUCCAGAGUUCGUGACGAAUACCCAUCUUAUAAAGUGUGCUACCUCACCAAUAAGUUAAUGUCCUACGUAAACAAAAAGGAGAGGGUUGAGUACAAGGACCCUGUAAAUUGCAGUGGUUGGAGUAAGCCUCCUAUUGAUGAGGCACUUGCAAAAUUAACUACUCAUUAUGAUGGAGUACAUUCCAGGCAUUGUGUAGAUGAUGCUGAGGUGGCUGAACAUGUUGUUCGUUUAACAAGUACUUUGGCCCAUUGUCAAUUCAGGAAGAAGUUAACUCGGUUAUCAGUAUGCGCUGAUGGUACAUAUAUGAACAAGAAUGCAGCUGAUAAGCACUUGUUUAGAGAGAGCGUAUGGUUGAAAGUGUUGGUAGCAAUACCAAAGGUACAGGCAAAAUACGCUGUAGCAGUGUCAAAGAAAUACCCAUCCUUGAAGUCACUUCUUGAGGUUUAUAUGAAUCCUAACAUGUCGGUUCAUGACAAGGAGUUUAUACUAAAAGACUUGAAAGUAGAAAAUUUAGUAGGAGAAGACGGAAGGGUAGGUGAGGCCUGUUCGAAGCGGAUAUACAGAGUGCUUAUGUCUGAAGAUGGAACCAUUAAGACUGAUGACGUUGUAAAUGGUGCUGGUUCCUUCACACUUCCUCCAUAUGACUUAGACUAGAACUAAGAGAACAUUAAAUAGUCUCAUAACUCUCUCUGUCAGACAACAGAAGAAUGAUUGCGUCUGAGAUUUGUUUUCCUUUUGUAUAUGUAUGCAAGUUCAUUAUGUUAUGUGUAUGCCCUGAAUCGUUUUAUAUAUCUUGAUUUUGUUGGUAAA